AUGGCAUCCAAAUUCCUAUUCUCCAAACUCUCCAAGCCCUUGUUGGGCAGUAACAGAAACAUGAUGUAUCGUCGUAAUCUUGCUACUGCAACCAACUUGCUUCCAACAUUGCGCAAGACCAUCCUACCUAAUGGCUUCACUGUCGCUACCGAAGAGAAUCCAGCUUCUCAAACAGCUACAGUGGGUGUGUGGAUCGAUGCAGGUUCUCGUGCUGAAAACGAAAAGAACAAUGGUGCUGCUCAUUUCUUGGAGCACAUGGCAUUCAAGGGCACUAAAUCCAGAAGUCAACGAGAUUUAGAGCUGCAAAUUGAAAACAUGGGAGGACAUUUGAACGCAUACACAUCUCGCGAACAGACCGUCUACUACGCCAAAGCAUUCAAAUACGAUGUACCUCAAGCAGUAGAGAUCUUGUCCGACAUUCUUCAACAUUCAACACUGGAUCCCGGAGCCAUUGAGCGAGAGCGCGAUGUGAUUCUUAGAGAACAAGAAGAGGUGGAAAAGCAGAUGGAGGAAGUCGUUUUUGAUCACUUACACGCAGCCGCCUUCAAGGACGAGCCUUUGGGAUUGACCAUUUUGGGCCCUAAAGAAAACAUUCAAUCACUGACAAGAGACGAUCUUUCCAACUAUAUCAAAACCAACUACACUGGCGAGCGCAUGAUCUUGGUUGGCUCCGGCGGCAUUGACCAUGAUGCUCUUGUCCAACUAGCCGAAACUCACUUUGGCCGCUUGCCCAACAAAUUAGACGCUUCCACCAGCAAAAGUGCCAUGAAGAAGGCAGUAUUUACAGGUGCCGACUUUAGAGUGAGAGAUCCCAAUGCUCAGCUUGCUCACAUUGCCGUUGCUGUGGAGGGAGCCAGUUGGACAUCACCCGACUACUUUCCUCUGCUUGUCAUGCAAUCUAUUAUUGGAUCCUGGGAUCGCUCUUUGGGAGCCACUGGCCACCUGGAUUCUCGCUUAUCAUCUGUACUCCACAACAAACAACUCGCCAACUCGUUCAUGUCAUUCAACACGUCGUACAAGGACACUGGGCUGUGGGGCAUCUAUUUGAUCACAGAGAACAAGGACCGCAUUGACGAGCUGCUCAAAUCCACCAAGAACGAGUGGAGUCGUUUAUCCAGCUCAGUGACGGAUGAGGAAGUUCAACGUGCUAAACAACAAUUGAAAGCAGGUCUCUUAUUGAGUUUAGAUGGAAGCACACCUAUUGCAGAGGACAUUGGUCGUCAGCUGCUAACUUCAGGAGACCGCAUGUCACCAAAAGAAGUCGAGGAAUUAGUGGCCAAGGUUACAGUAGAUGAUGUGCGACGAGUAGCUCAAGAUUACUUGCAGCGUGAUGCAGCUGUUGUUGGUAUUGGUGCUGUUGAUAAUAUGCCAGAUUUCAAUCGUAUUUAA